GCAGUAAUACAUUAGAAUUUGCUCGGCCAUUAUUGACCCGCAUCGUCUUAAAACGACAACGUUUUUUUGAUAUUCCGCAUGAAAUAAAAUGGCUACAGUUGUAACUUAUGAAAUCGUUCAAGAUACAGAAACCGAAGAAGCAUCAGCAGCUAUUUCUAACAUUCCAAGGUUGUCAUCAGGCUCACCUUCAACCAGUACACCGGUCGCAACUAUUGGCCGCCCUUCAGGGAGUACCUUUGGUUUAUCCCUUGUAGAUCUUGGUAAGAGACUUAUUGAGGCAUCAAAGAGAGGAGAUGUCAAUGAAGCACGAAUGCUUAUGUCCAAUGGAGCACCUUUUACAACAGACUGGCUAGGAACAUCUCCACUCCAUUUUGCGGCACAGGCUGGCCAUCUAGAUAUGUGCGAAGCUCUCCUCAGAGCAGGCAUAAGCAGAGAUGCUAGAACUAAAGUCGAUCGAACCCCCCUCCAUUGUGCUGCUCAAGAAGGGCAUUACGACGUUGUGGAACUUCUACUAAAAAACAGUGCUGACAUUGAAGCCAAAGAUAUGCUUCAAAUGACACCUUUACAUUGGGCAGUUGAAAGAGGUCACCUAUUAGUUGUUCAUUUAUUACUAAGACAUCAAGCCAAUACGAAUGUACUUAAUAAAUUCGAUAAAACACCUAUGGAAAUUGCCUUAACCAAUUCAAGAAAUGAUUUAGCGGAAUUAUUGCAUAGUGCCCAGCAAAAUAAUAUUGUUGAAGUAACCACAACAGAAGAAAUUGUAACAACAACUACAGACAAUGAAAUAGAAGCUGCUGUCGCUUCAACACAGAGCGAUACUGAAACGAAUGAUUUAGUUUUACAAGCAGACGACCAUCAUAUUAUAGAAACUGUAAGAUCGUCUCGAGAUGACAGAAAAAAUGGUAAAAAAAGUAAAAGAGAUAAAAGUGAACAAAGUACAGCUGUUCUAGCAACUUUAGCAGCUUUGGCAGAAGCAUCUAAACCUCUUGAUGCUUCUGGUGAAAAUGCUGCGGAGACAUUGACGUGGCUUGAAACUCAUGGAAUUGUAACAUCUUCUUCUGACAAUCCAACAGUCGUAUCCGCCAUUGAGAGUGGAGGAACAGUAACAUUAUCUGAAGCAGGAAAAUUAGCGUUACAAUACACAAGGACGGACGAAGAAGAUGAAGACGCCAGUAUAGUUCUCCAAGAAGAUGAAGAGCCAACUAUCGAAGUAACCGAAGAAAUAGCUCGUUCGUAA